UUAUUAUUAUUAUUAUAUCAGUAAGCUACCGCUACCUAUCUUCUAGUUCCAAUUAAACAAGCGACGAGAGAAGAAGUCUGUUACCCUGUGACUUCUUUCUCCUGCUCCAAGAAUCAAUGGAAGCCAUUAAUGGCCGUCACUCCUUCGCCGUGUGCGAAAGCUUCAAUCAUGAUCUUGCCAUCCGAAAGUUUUGUCCUGCAAGAAUGGAGCAACAAAAUGGUGAAGACGAGUACUACUCGGAAGAAACAGUUUUCAAUGAAUUUGAUCUCAUCCUUUCUCCUUGUCAUGACGACGUUGCUGCUUCCGAGGUUGAUCAGUUAGUCGACAGUUUCAUUAAUGUCGAUCAUCACGAUCAUAGUCCUGAUCAGACGCACCAAAAUCAUUUCCAAGAUGAGAUGAUCAUGAUGGAUAUGUUCUCUUCGUCGGGUGAUGUGUCUGGAGAUGUUCCGAUGAUGAUCGAUGUAGAUGAGUUUGAAACGACGAAUGAGUGCAUGGAAGAUUUUGGUGCUGUGCCGAGUGUAGAUCAAGGUCUUCACUUGGUGCACUCUUUGCUGGCUUGUGCUGAAGCUGUGGGUUGCAGAGAUACACAGUUGGCUAACUCUAUCCUUAACCAAAUUAGUUUUUCGAUUAAUCCUCAGGCUGAUUCUUUGCAAAGAGUUUCGUAUUGUUUUGCUUUAGGUUUGAAAUCAAGAUUAUCACUCCUUCAUUCUGCUAAUGCAAAUGGUACAUUCAGCAAUGCUGCUAUAGCUCGACCGUCGUUGAUCGCCGCAGAAGAGAGAACAGAAGCUUUUCAGCUUCUUUACCAAACAACUCCUUACAUUGCUUUUGGUUUCAUGGCUGCAAAUGAAGCUAUAUCUCAAGCAGCAAGAGACGAGGACUCGAUUCACGUGAUCGAUCUCGGAAUGGAGCAUACCCUUCAAUGGCCGUCCUUUAUCAGAACACUAGCUUCUAGGGCUCAAGGACCGCCCAAACUCAGAAUCACAGGAUUGAUCAAUGAUCAGAAUUCAUUAGAGGUUGAAGCUAGCAUGAAAUCACUUACAGAGGAUGCUAACUCAUUAGGCCUCUCUCUGGAGUUCGAUUUGAUAUCGGAGCCAAUCACUCCGUCUCUUUUAACUAGAGAGAAUCUAAAACUGAGAGAAGGAGAGGCAUUAUUUGUCAACAGUAUUAUGCAUUUGCACAAAUUUGUCAAAGAGAGCAGAGGCUCCCUCAAGGCAAUCCUCCAGGCAAUCAAAAAGCUAAAUCCGACAUUGCUCACAGUCGUGGAGCAAGAUGCAAAUCACAACGGUCCAUUUUUCCUAGGGAGAUUUCUUGAAUCACUACAUUACUAUUCAGCCAUUUUUGAUUCUCUUGAAGCUAGUCUUCCGCGAAAUAGCCGGCAAAGGAUGAAGAUCGAGAAGCUUCACUUUGCAGAGGAGAUUCGCAACAUCGUAGCUUACGAAGGUUGUAAUAGAGUUGAAAGGCAUGAAAGAGCUGACCAGUGGAGAAGACAAUUAGGCAGAGCUGGUUUUCAAAUUAUGGGAUUGAAGUGCAUGAGUCAAGCUAGAAUGAUGCUCUCUGUCUACGGCUGUGAUGGCUAUACUCUUGCCACUGAAAAAGGCUGUCUGCUGCUCGGAUGGAAAGGGCGGCCUAUUAUGUUGGCCUCAGCAUGGCAACUUCAUAAUCUUCUUCCACCUCCUUGAUGCACUCCGACAAUAGUUCGCCUCACCUGACCUGAAUGAUUUUAACUUUAAAAAGAUCAUUAGUUCAUUAGAGUAUAAUAAAUUGGAUUAUCUUGUGCAUAAUGAUAA